CUACACAAAAAUAUACAUACGAAUAAAUAAUUUCACACACUAAAGUACUGAGGUGUUUACAAGAAAGUGGAGUAUUUUAAAAAUUAUAAAUAUUACAUUAUUUACUAAAAAAUGUCUGAAUAUAAUAAAGUGCGUGUAGGAAAACUUAAACUCAAAGGAGAAAAAACAAAGUCCAAAAAACGGAAGCAAAAAAAACAAGAUAACAAGGAUGAAGAAACUAAAGUUGCUGAAAACGAUGCUCCUCAACAUGGUGGUUGGUGGAAGGUGAAUUCAUUUUCUGAAAUCACUGGAACAGUUGCUAUAGAAUUCGGUAACCAUACUUACAUAAAAGCGUUAGACAAUGGAUUAUUCACUUUGGGAGCUCCACAUGACGAAGGUGAUGGACCGUCUCCGGAAGAAAUCCUCACUGCAUUUCCAGUAAAUGAAAAUAAAAUAGCCCUCAAGUCUGGUUAUGGAAAAUACGUUGGGAUUGAUAAAAGAGGAGUUGUUAUAGGAAGGAAUGAUGCUGUUGGUGCGAUGGAACAAUGGGAGCCUGUUUUCCAAGAUGGAAAACUAGCAAUUUUAGGUAAUAAUAGCUGUUUUAUGUCAGUGACUGAAGAAGACGAUGUAAUUUGUAACAGCAAAACAGCUGGACCACAAGAAUAUGUUUGUUUGAGAAGUAUGGUCCAACGAAUAGAUGACCCCACCAAAGGUAUACCUAUUGAAGAACAAGGAUCACUUACUGAAGUUGAAGUUAAUUAUGUCCGAAAGUUUCAAAAAUUCCAAGAUAAAAAACUAAGGAUAAACACCGAAGAUCGAAGCAAAUUAGCGACUGCAAAAGCUGAAGGAAUUUUACACGAAACUUUACUCGACAGAAGAAGUAAAAUGAAAGCAGACAGAUAUUGUAAAUAAAAAAUAAUUACAAUAACUAAAUGAUUUGUCAAUCAGAUAAUUAAUUUAACAAAAAUACGGAGUUAUUUUUCACAUAAUAUUGGCACUUAAUUUUAUUUUAAUCAAAAUUGUGAAUUAGUUUUUUUUUUCUCUAAUUUACGGCUAAAUAAACAAUGACAUAAAAAAUUGUCCGUAAUUCUUAAUACAAUAAUGCGUAAUGAGUUUUAAUGUAAAUGAAACGCAACAUCGUAAAAUUAAUUGAGCAAAUAGUGAUUUAUGAUUAUUAAUUAAAUUUUUUUUCUUUCUUUCCAU